UGUUCUUAUUCCGUUCCCCUUGUUCUCGGAUUUGGAUUUUAAGGAGAUGUUAAGUGCCGCCAAGGCGGCAAAUUGGUAAUUAUUUUAAGUGUGUAAUUACGUAGUACAAAAUCAAGAUAACAGAUAAAAAGCCAAAAUGGGAAAGAAGGUUAAAAAGGAAGCAACACCUCCUCCGAAAGAUGUGUUCGAUUCUCUUACGAUUGAAAGUAAAAAGACUGGGACAGUUGUUUUAAUGUUGAAGUCAGAUGAAGAAGAAGUUCUAACAAAAGCUUGUGAAGCUGUAUAUAAAUUUGCUGAUAAAUGUGAUGAAAACAAAUUAAUGUUGCUUGAACUUGGAGCCAUUGAUCCGAUUAUAAACUUGAUCACACACGAAGAUCGUGUUGUACGAAGAUAUGCAGUGAUGUCAUUUGGAGUAUUAGCAGGCCAUGCUGAGGUCAGGCAAUAUCUUAGAAAAACAAAAAGUAUUGAAGGAGCUGUGCAACUACUGGGUGAUGAAGAUGACGUUUGCAAUGAAUUUGCAAGUUUAUUUCUUGCUCACAUGUCCAACGAAUAUAUCAGUAAAUUAGCAAUAUACAAAAAUGAAGGAUUGGAACCUCUCAUUAAUCUAUUGGAAUCACCUGAUCCAGAUGUGCAAAAAAACUCAGCGCAAGCUAUCUGCAAUCUUGUGCAAGAUUUCCAAAUUCGUGCAGCCAUCCGAGAUCUUGGUGGAAUUCCUCCGUUAUUAGAAUUUUUAAAAUCAGAAUAUGCCAUUAUUCAAGAAUUAGCAUUGACUACUUUGGCUGCAGUAACACAAGAUGCUGAUACCAGAGUUGUAUUGAGAGAAAAUGAAGGACUUGAAAAAUUGAUUGAAUUUUUAAAUCACAAGGAAUUUGAGGAUCUGCAUGUUCACGGACUUCAAGUUUUAGGAAAUUGCUUAGAAGAUACAGAAGCAUUGGAUGAAUUUCGCAAUUCUGGAGGAAUGGAAAAAUUAUUAUUAUUCACAACAGAAUCUGCAGCUCCAGAAGUUCAAGCUUUUUCUGCCAGAGCAAUGGCAAGAGCUGCCAAAAAUGUUGAAAAUGCUAAAAUUCUGCAUGAACAAGAAGUAGAAAAAACGUUAAUAACAUUGAGUGGAUCUGACAACGACACAGUUAAGAUCGCAGCAUGCCAAGCAAUUUGUACUUUGUCAGACAACCUUGCUGCUAGAGACACUUUUGGAAAAUCAGAAGGAAUUCCACCUCUCAUCAACUUAUUACAGAGUGAAUCAGCCGAUGUAAAGGAGGCAGCAACUCUUGCUCUUGCCAACUUGACUUUGAAUCACAAAAAUAACUGCAUGGAAAUUAUUUCUUCGGGCGGAAUCGAGAUAUUGAUUGGUCUACUCAACUUUAACAAAGAAGCCGUUGUAGUCAAUUCAUUGACAUGUCUCAUCAAUAUGUCACAUGAUGAGCAGUUAAGAACCGAUAUUCAGAAAAGAGGAUUGAUUGCGUCUUUAACUGAGCCUCUCAAGUCUGACAGCAUAAAAAUUCAAAGUAAAGCAGCUCAAGCGAUCGCAUCUUUUGUUACGGGAUCUGAAUCUAGAGCAGAGUUGAGAAAAUAUGGUGGUUUGGAACCCCUGGUUCGUCAUUUGAGAUCAGGAGAUGCUCAAUUAAGAAGAGAUGCAUCAUGGGCAAUCUUAUCAAGCUGUGUUGAUACGCCUACUGCUACCGCUAUUUCCAAUUUGGGUGCACUGGAGAUUCUUCAGCAGAUUAACAGUUCUGAACAAAGAAGAAACAAUUUUAGUCUUGCAGCUCUCGAUAAAUUACUCGAUUCCAAUCUUCCGGCAAAAUAUAGUUUGACAGGGAAAUUAUCUUCACAUAAUAUCAUAUCAGAUGGAUUCUAUGACGCAGGAAUGUUGCGCCCGGAUGCAAAAUUUUUGCCAUUGGAAGAAAUAGCAAAAGAAGAAUUGAACCAGAGGCGUCCUAUUUUACUUGUUAAUUGUAAACCACCGGAACCAAAAACAUCUGAAGAAGAAGAUAUGGACUCUUUAUCAGAGCGCUCGGAGAUUCUAUUAUACGAAGUCGGUGGUAUACCCCCUAUUGAGGUUCACUCACCAAGUGGGCAAGAACAGCGAAAAGCAAGUCUGCCGAGUCCGCUUAAUUCUCCAAGAAAUGAAUCGUUGGCGAGCCUCAAACCCACCCAGGAUGAAAGUUCUGAAAAGAGAGUCAGUUCAAAAGCAUCACUCACACGAAGAAUGAAAAAGAAAGACAAAGAAGCACAAGCAAGAGAAGAAGCAGAAAGAUUGGCAGCUGAAAAACAAGAUAACGUCUAUCGUCCUCCCGUGGAUACAGCAUUGCAAGGAUAUAUUGAUGAUGUGAAUAAAUUCAUUGCACCUAUGCCAACAAUGAGAGAACAGAUUGUCGCAUUGGCCCAGUAUGUAGUCGAAAAAAUGGGAGGCGAAGUGGAAAAAGGAAAGAUGAUGGAUUUUAGUUGGGAACUUCACAUUUCAGAAUUAAAGUUCGAUUCAAAAUCAAAUAUUAUUUCGAUAGGAAAAAUCAAUAAAGGCAUUUUUUAUCACAGAGCUCUUUUAUUCAAAGUUCUUGCGGACAGAAUAGCAGUACCAUGUUCUCUUGUACAGGGAGAAUAUAACAGAGCAUGGAAUGAAGUUAUGGUUUCUUCUGAAGAAGUUGGAACCAAUUUUCCACCUUUUAAAUAUAUAGUUGAUUUAAUGCACGAGGCAGGCAGGCUGAUUCGUGCAGACUCACCAGCGGCAGUUAGAUAUCAAUCUUUGUAAUGACCAAAUAAAAAGUCACCGUUUUAAGAUUGUGAAGGGAUUAUAAUUAUAAUAAUUCUACUUAUAAUAUGCAGCACACUUCAUAGCAACCUUGAACAAUAUCACUAGUUCAAUAUGAUACGAUAAGUGUUAAAAGUGUAUGCAGAAUUUUCGGACCAGACUCGAUGCCUCCUGAUAGUUAGAUAUCAAUCUUUGUAAUCGCCAAGUUAAGGUCUUGCUAAAUAAAGAAAGGUUGGGAGGGAUGAAUAUUUUAAUAUUUAUACUCAUGAUAUUCAACACAUUUCAUGGUAACUUUUACAUAAAUAACCAAAUUUACUAGUUCAAUACCAUCCCCUCGAAUCAGCGUCACAAAAAACUUGAUAAUUUAUUCACUCUUUUGUAAUACUGAAAAUGAUUUUCGUUUUCUCUAAAGUGUAAAUUUACCAUUCUAAACUAAAUACAUCAAAUUUGUCCACUUUCACUGAAAAAUUGUUUUCUUGGACAUGAAAUUUAUUUGUGACAAAGAGAAUAUGCAAAAAUUGCGGUCAAAGUUCUGCUUUUCUGAUCAUAUUGUGUUUCUAUAGUGUUCACAAGAGACCGAAAAACUCAUCAAACUUGAUGACUUUCGAGUUUCUGAAAAAAAAAUUCGACUUAUACUAUCGUCAUUAAAAGUAUGAAAUUUCGACUCCAGCGAACUCGAAAUUUCAACUCUGACUGCAACUUCCGAUUUGGAUUUCACAAAAUUUAACCCUUUGUUCAUACUAAUUUUACAUUAUGUAUAGGUAAUACUUUGGAAUUGAGUAAUUUUUUGAGCUGUUCGCCCUUUUAUAACUGUGACAAACGUUUUUUAAGCAUGGCGCAUACGAGCCUGCAUAUAAAGUAGUAUUCAUUGUGCAUGAAAAUCAGUUAAUGUAUUUAGUCUAUGAAUGAUCAUUUUUGAAGCACCAUCUCACUAACAUAUUCAAAUCCUAAAAAGCUGUUACUCGAUUUUACUCUGACGAAAUUUUAUUUAUCAUUUAUAUUGUGCUCAAACAGUAAUAGACAAUAUUUCAAUUAUAGGCGCUUACAGUAAAUAUCCAAUACUGUAUUUCAAAAUUCUAUGUGUGAAGAUAUUUAUUAUAGUCUGGUUUUUCAUAAAGUGCUCUUUAAAUUUGUUCUUCAAAGUUCAGAAAAAAUUUGAUUUAUAUUGGAUAGAAUUUUUCACCUCGGGAAAUGCUGAUAAAUUUGCUUAGUCCAUGUCUUUCAAAAAAUAGAAUAAUUGUCUUCAUUAUUGCUACAGAAUCAUUAUCCGCAUAAAUCUUCACCAGCGCGAAAGCAUAGAAGAAGAAUACAUACUUAUUCUUGCAAAAAA